GAUACUCUCAGUGGACCACGUCCGAACUCCAGGGGCUUUCCAAAAGAUGAUAGACCUAUUAACUUUCAGCACUGCUUGUUCCUCUGUGGUGUGAAUGAAUGAUGUGACAUCGUAGAGGACUUUGUAGAGUAUAUUAAAUUCAGAUCUUUUGGUGUAGAAUAGCUUAUAUAUUCUUUACAGCGUAUAAGCUAUAAGGUGUUUUUACUCAAUACCAAAAUUCUGAUUAACAGGUGUGUGUUCCUAGGAGAAGUAAGUGAAGUUACCUAGGUUAUGCAAGUUCACCAGAAAUCCUGCAUAACUCUGACAAAUGUUUCAAUCAUACCUUAUAGUGCUAGAAGCUUACAGUUACCUUGAUGAUAUACAGUGACUUAAAUGGGAUUUUCUAGAUCAUCGUGCCCAAAAAUGAUCUUUACUGCUUUGAUAAUAAAAAGUGUGUGUGUGUGUGUGGGGGGGGACCCACAUAAGUGCCAAUCUAGGACAUUUAGUCCUACAACAACCCCCAAUUUAGUUUUCCCCUAAGGUAACAAGAUUACAGGCGUUCAAUAUGAGCGCCGUUACCCUACUUUAAUGCUAGCAAUGACGAGAAAGGGAACUAAAAACAAACUAAAAUACAUAGCCUAUGGCCCACGAUUUACCCAAGUAUGCAAUUUAUUUGUCUUAAAACCUAUUUUAAAUGAAGUUUACUGCUGAAACGGUAUGGACGUUUGACCUGUGUCACUUGCCAGGCUUCGUAUAAGUCAUUAGCAGUCUAGCAGCGCAGAUUAGCUAACCGUGCUAGCUGCAGAAUGUCUCCCGAGACCCCACUGAGAUCUGGUACUUGGUUCCAAGCUUUAUUUCUCUUCCUAAUGCUCUCGAUACACAUUACAUUUAGCGAGAGGUCGUGUACGACAGGAUAAGAUGCGUUUGAUUAAAGGACAUAACUUGUGUAAAAAAAACAACAGGUAAUAAAGGUUGGAACUAGGGACGGUCUCCUGAACACCGAGUUCAGCAAGUGACGUCAAAUCAGAACGGCUGCUCACAGCAUCAACAGUAAACAAAACAAAGUAGCACGUCUUUACCUUUAAUCAGUCCGUACAGGAUGUCGCAGAGUUUUUUUUUUUGCGUGAUUGUUGCGGCCAGAAAUGCUUCAGCGUUUUUCAAAAUUUAUGGUGCAAUUUGCAAGUUAUUUAUUUAUUUAUUUACUUUCGUGCGUUAAACUACUACCGUGCUCAUGUUUGACGCACGUGAAUCGAAGAGGGCUUUUGACUGAAUGCACGUCGUGAUGACGUCACAUGACGCGUCUCGGCCCGAAUCUGCGGAAAAUCUUCUGUGAUUUAAAAAAAAAAAAAAAAUUAUUUUUGCUGUUAACCUCUGCGAUCGCAAAAUCCUGGAGGGACUGUUUAAAUGAGUUCUACUGUAUAUACACGUAUUGUAUCUAGCUUGAUGCUAACAAACAACAAGCAUGGAAAUGUUUAUUCCCUCAAUCAAAUGGAUAUAUUUCCAUAAUUAUUUCCAUAAUUCCGACUUCUAAGGUAUGUCAAAAACAGCAUAAAGUUAUGAGAGGGGGACUGGGGACUGGGGGGGGGGGGUGACAAUGCCAUACCAUGCGCACCCUACAGUUGGUCCGAGGAAUCAUGCUGCUCAGUCGUUUGUCUUUGUUGCUUCACGGCCUCGUUCCUAUUGUGCAUGAAGUUGUCAACAUCUGUGGUACUGUUGCCUUUUCAUGCUACACUGUCACUGAAAUUGCUGCCCCUGCCAAGCGUACCUGGAAAAUGGUCACCUGCCGCUUUGUUGCUCGCUGGUUUGGCCGCAGGGUGAUUCCUGCACGAAUUGCCGCCAUGUUUGCUGCAACAUAUCCAUGAUCUUUAACCAAUCGCAUGUUGUGGUGAUGAGUUCUAGUUGGCCAAAGAAUGGCCCAUGUACAACCAGUCCACUUCAGUGCUAAUCCAAAUGAAGAGGACUUGGUUUUUAGAAGGAAAAAAAAAAUGUUCCAUGGUAUUCUGUAAAAUGGGACAAUAUCAAUAUUUCUACACUUCCUGGUUGACUUUAAAAAAAAAAAAAAAAAAAAAAAAAAAAAGUAUGGAAAGUCCUCAGUGUUCGGAGGAGCUUGCAAUGUUUGAAAAUUACGGCCGAUUUUCCGCAGAUUUGGGCCGAGUGACGUCAUCACAAUGUGCAUUUAGUCGAAUUCACUUCGACUCACGUGCGUUGAACAUGAGUACAGCUAGUAAGUCUCGUCUGCCAACAGACGUCGCAAAAUCAAGGAUUUUUGGUCACAACAAUCAGAAAAAAUAAACCCUCCAUGAGAUCCUGUACAGGCUGUCAUAUCACAUAUCACCAUGCAGUGGAUCUGAGUAGUUUCUGUUUCCUUUCAGACCUCUGUUUCUGUUUUUCUGGAAAGCAGCUCAGCUCUCUGCCCGAUAAACCAAAUAAGCAAAUAUUUCUUGCCUGAUUUUUUUUAUUUUUUAUUUUUUUUUGGUGUUGCCAGAUUCAGAUUAACCACUUCACAUUGAGUUAAAAUAAAGCAGCUGAAGACUUGGUCAUGUCACCUCAUCUUCUGCAGUCCGUUUUCAUGUAGGCUUAAGGACACUUUCUGGGUAUUUCUGGUUACUUUGUAGUUCUCCAUACUCAUUUUCUUGUGCGAGUGUUCAAUAAGAGUUGUCUUCAAAUCAAAAGGCCAGAGUUAUAGUAAAUAAAAUGGCACAUUGAUCUCAAUAUUGGCUUUAGCCACCAAGUGAGUAACGUAUUGCCUUUUUCUCUCUUUGUCUGAUCUCAACCGUUGUAUGCCUGCUUGUGGUGCCUCGCCACUCAUCAUCUUCCGCUUCCCGCUCCUCCUCCGCCUCCUCUUCUCAAUUGGCCCUCGUAAGUGAAACCUCGUGAGCUUCCCGAGACUCGUCUUGAAUCCGAGGUGGUUCCUAAAGUGGCCCGGAUGACCGUCUCCGGAAAGAAGCAGACCAUGGGCUUCGACGUGCCGAGCUCCGAGGAGAACGGAGUCAGCCCGUCCGUUCGCAGAGGUCCGAGCCCAGACGCGACGGCAGUAGCAGCUCCGGAGACUCCGUCUAAAGCGCCGUGUGUGGCGGAGGAAACGGCGGCCCCGACCCCGCCCCGCUCCACCAGCAAAAACAAACAGCAGCUCAACAUCCGCACCGAGCUGGAGCAGAGGCAGGGAGGGAAACCGCUCCUCAACCUCGUCGUCAUAGGCCACGUGGAUGCGGGUAAGAGCACGCUCAUGGGUCAUCUCUUGUACCUGUUGGGGAACGUGAAUAAACGCACCAUGCACAAGUAUGAGCAGGAGGCGAAGAAAGCUGGCAAGGCGUCUUUCGCUUACGCCUGGGUGCUGGACGAGACCGGAGAGGAGCGAGACAGAGGGGUGACCAUGGAUGUGGGCAUGACCAAGUUUGAGACCAACUCCAAAGUUGUGACCCUGAUGGAUGCACCAGGCCACAGAGACUUUAUUCCUAACAUGAUCACUGGAGCAGCACAGGCAGACGUAGCCGUGUUGGUGGUGGACGCCAGUCGAGGAGAGUUUGAGGCCGGGUUUGAGGCCGGUGGUCAGACCAGGGAACACGCGCUCCUCGUUCGAUCUCUCGGCGUCACACAACUUGCUAUCGCUGUUAACAAGAUGGACCAGGUGAACUGGCAGCAGUCGAGGUUCCAAGAAAUAACUUCCAAACUUGGCCAAUUUCUCAAGCAGGCUGGUUUCAAGGAGAGUGAUGUGUAUUACAUCCCUACCAGUGGCCUUUCAGGACAGAAUCUCACCACCAGGAGUACUGAAGCAGCGCUCACAGCCUGGUACAAAGGCCCGUGUCUACUGGAACAGAUAGAUUCAUUUAAAGCGCCUCAGAGAUCAGUGGAGAAGCCCUUCAGACUCUGCGUGUCAGACGUCUUUAAAGAUCAGGGUUCUGGCUUCUGUGUGACGGGGAAAAUCGAAGCUGGCUUCGUUCAGACAGGAGACCGGAUGCUGGCCAUGCCUCCCAACGAGACCUGCACUGUGAAAGGUAUCACUCUUCACGAUGAGCCGUUAGACUGGGCAGCAGCCGGGGACCACGUCAGUCUGACCGUCACAGGGAUGGACAUCAUAAAGAUCAAUAUCGGCUGUGUGUUCUGUGACCCCAAGGAGCCCAUCAGGGCCUGCACUCGUUUCCGAGCCAGAAUCCUGCUGUUUAACAUCGAACUGCCAGUCACAAAAGGCUUCCCCGUCCUGUUGCACUACCAGACGGUGAGUGAGCCUGCCACCAUCAGAAAGCUCGUCAGUGUAUUACACAAAACCAGCGGCGAGGUUCUGAAAAAGAAACCGAAAUGUUUGAGUAAAGGUCAGAACGCUGUGGUGGAGAUUCAGACUCAGAGACCUGUGGCUCUGGAGCUCUAUAAGGACUACAAAGAACUCGGGCGCUUCAUGCUGCGUUAUGUGGGUUCCACCAUCGCUGCUGGGGUCGUCACAGAGAUCAAAGAUUAAACUGCAGCUGCACCCAGAUCCUUCAGAACAUGCUGACGGGACUGAGGAGCCACUGAACAGAAGUGCAAUUCCACCCUUAAACUGGACGUCACACACAAUCUCCCUCAUUCAUCCUCAUCACAAGCUCAUUCACAUCCGCUCCCGUCUCGAACACAAAGGCUCGGUGUCUGCAUGCCUUAGAUUCCCUCCAUUGUUUCAUUAGUGGCUGUUUAACACCACACCAGCACAGUUUGUUUACACCGACGACGUCCCUGAUGAACAAACCCAAAAACUUUUCUUCUGAUUGUUUUAUUAUUUUAUGUGAAUCUGAUUAUGACGACAAAAAAAAAAGUGCAAUUCACCCCGGAUGGGGUGAGGAUGUUUUUAAGGUGCAUUUUCUUUUCUUUUUUUUUUUGAGGUUAUUUAUGAAUUAUUCAUCAAGGGCUUUGGCACCACAGUACCAAAUAUGAUAAUAUGCAUUGAUAUUUCUAAACUCCCUUCUCUUGUAUCCAUUGAUGCUGAUGAUCCUAUAGCUGAAAUGGAAAUUCAGGAGGGGGGGGGGACAAACAAAUUACAAUCUACAACUGUACACCGAACCUAAAGCAACACUAAAGAUCUGAUCCAGCAGAGACCGAGAGAGUUCAAAGCAGGUUAGGAGCACUUUGGUUAGGGUUCUCGUGGUACAAGCACCUGAAGAAACUGUGAGCUGCUGAGAAGCUCUGGCAGCAGUGAGACGUAUUUAAAAUGGGUUUAUUGAAGCUGAACUUGUUCAAACAUCUGACUGCUGCUUCACUAAGAAAAUAAAAUCAUGAAAAUGACCGCACAACUCAUACGACUUAUUAUUAUUAUUUUUUUGGUAUGGUGCGUAAAUGAGUAGGUGUAAGCUCGUCCAUAUAGACAUGGCAUUGACCUAACUGUUCUACUUCAAACACGUUUCACCAAACAGUUGAUCUUUUUUUACCCAACAAGUUUGAGAAAUCAGGGGAAUUUGAUUGCUGGAGGGAAAUACUCGGUGAUUAAGAAAGCAAAGCAGCAUAUAGGGUAAGAUUGUGGUAGUAAGGUGUAAGGGAGAUUCUGAAUAUUUGAUAAAUUUCCCAUUGUUUGGGUUUCCAAGCUGUUAUGUGGAUACAUUUAAGACUAGUUUGAGGCGGCUCAUUAAAUCACAUUUAAAAUAUA